AUGCCUGUUACUCAAACCCGCUACCAAGCUCCAACUUACUCUCGACCUGUCGCCAUGCCUGGAAAGCCGGCCUCCAAGCUUCCAGUCGCCUACCCAGCGCCAUACGGUCGUGUUGCCAUUUCGCCACCACAACGUGGCUCCAGCGCCAACACCUCAGCUGUGCCAUCCUUGACAUCCGACUCCGGUAGCAACAGCAGCGAAUACGGCGACGGCGCAUCUUCUGGCAUCGAUCUCGUUGAAUUACUCAAUGACAAACUAAGCACGACUGUGAGCCCUAUGCCGCUGGAUAGAAGUUUGGCACGACAGGCGCAGACGUCCGGCGAACUGAAUGCUAAGAAUCGCGAGCUUCUCGAGUUGCAAGAACUUGCUCAGCACCGGCUGAAAAACUCUCGUGCCAAUUUCACAGACGGCAUGAAGGCCGCAAAAGAGGUGAAGAAGGACCUUGACUGGACUCAGAAACGCGUAAAUACACUCAAGACCAAGACUGAGCGAAAAUAUCCCAAACAAUACGCCCGAGCCAGCAAGCGAUAUCCAUCACCGGAGCACUAA